AUGCGUGAAAACAGUAUCGAUAAAGACCAGCCCCCUAUGUUCCUGCUUGUUGAAUCGGACGUCUGCCUUGAAGAUGGAAAGGCGUUCAAAACCGAGUUGAAAGACUACGACCAUUUCGAAUCGGAUGUUAUCAACGCAUCAAAGGCGCAGUGCCAGGAAUGGGCACAAAAAAAUUGGAAAGGAAUCACGUACUCCUCGCGUGAGGAUAUUGCUAUCGCAGACGAGCGAACCGCUCGAGAUGGGACUUUACUUAUGAGUACGUGGUGCCAAAGUGAUAUCCCGUUCGAGGACUGGGGACCCCUGCCGCCAAAAGUCGAAACCUGGUAUGGUUUUAGAGUUCAUCAUCGUGCGGCUUGUGAGUUUAGUAUCGCUAUUCACUGGGCUCCAAUUGAAGAAGCCUAUCCGAUCUAUUAUGCACGGCCAGAAAAAUACAACAACGAUGCUGGGGUAUUCGAGGUUUUGAAAGUGAAUUCUCGGCUGAAAGGCGAAGUCGAGAACCAUAAUCCUAUUUGGAGUUCCGGACCAUAG